AUGUCGAGAUUGGCGAAUCAGUCCGGGGGGGAAGAUGUGUUCAUCAUUCAAAGUGGAUCUGGGGAGGUGAACGACCAUCUGAUGGAGCUUCUGAUUAUGAUCAACGCCUGUAAAAUAGCCUCAGCUCAUCGUGUAGCUGCUGUGAUUCCUUGUUUCCCUUAUGCGCGACAAGAUAAGAAGGACAAGAGUAGGGCUCCGAUCUCGGCCAAACUGGUGGCCAACAUGUUGAGUGUGGCUGGGGCUGAUCACAUCAUCACUAUGGAUCUACAUGCUUCUCAAAUUCAGGUAGUUUUUUAGUAUUUUGAGGUUUUUUGAUUUAGGUUACAAUUGAGCAUAACUUAUCUUGACUUGUAUUAGUACGUCUAUUACUAUUAUAAGCCCGUUACCUUAAUGCUAAGGAAACAGAUGAUCAAUAACUGGCAAUGAUUUUAAUUUUAACGAUUGUAGGGUUUCUUUGACAUCCCGGUCGAUAACCUGUACGCAGAGCCAGCUAUCCUCAAGUACAUCAAGGAGCAUAUCCCAGACUACGGUCAGGCUGUUAUCGUAUCCCCAGAUGCAGGUGGAGCCAAGAGAGUAACUUCGAUCGCCGAUAGACUAAACGUUGACUUUGCUUUGAUCCACAAAGAAAGGAAGCGAGCCAACGAGGUGGAGAACAUGACUUUAGUGGGUAAUGUUGAAGGUCGAGUAGCUAUCUUGGUUGAUGACAUGGCUGACACUUGUGGUACGAUCUGUUUGGCUGGAGAUAAGUUAAUCGAGGCUGGGGCUCAAAAAGUUUAUGCUGUAAGUUUUGGAACCUUUAUAAAAUAAAAAACUGAUAAGUUAGUAAAUUUAGGUAACAAAUAGAGUAAUUAAUGUGUCAAACCAAGCCUUUUUAUAAGAGUGAUUGAUGUAUAUGUAGUAGUAUAAAAAGUCUAUUGAAUUAUUUACUUUGAAGUAGAUUUGAGUUUCCUUGUUUUAGGUAUGUGUUCAUGGAGUAUUCUCUGGCCCAGCUCUCGACCGGCUGAAUCGUUCGGCCUUUGAAGCUGUCGUUGUGACGAAUACGAUUCCACAAGAGGAGAAUAUCAGGAAAUGUCCUAAAAUACAAUGUAUCGACAUUUCCAUGAUUCUGGCCGAAGCCAUCAGACGAACUCACAACGGUGAAUCUGUGUCCUACCUAUUCUCUCACGUUCCCAUGUAA